UACUUGAACUCAGAAAAGCAGGAACAGGACUAAAGUGAACUAAUAUGCAAUAGAGGAUACGGGAGCUACAGGAUAGGUAGGGAGUCUUCUGUUCCGAGUAGAGUUUGGCUCUAUAGAUUUCAAAACCUCCAACUAGCUAAAACCAGCAGACUCCCCUUCAGCUUUCUCAUUUUCUCAAGCUGAACAACCGCUUCUGCUUCUUCUUGUACAUCAGGUGCUGAAGUCCCCGACCAUUCCGGUGCCCCUUCCCUGAAUUCACUCCGGGAUAUUGCUCCCUCCCUUGUACAGACGGGGGAACAAAACCGGACGUCAUGUCCCUACGGGAGGCAGCGGGUCCCAGGCAGGGGGGGCACCAGGAGCGACCCCCUUGCAGCGCAGCCCGCUCAGAGCCUUCCUGCCGCACGGGCGCGCUGCUGCCUCUCCGCCACCGGGCCCGCCGGGCCCGCCGCAGCCGCGGGACGGACACGGUCCGCAGGGAAUAACGUCGGCCCGCCCACCUCCGUCUUUGGCGGCAGGACGUGCCCUCAGGUGUUUACGGACGGCCACACACCAAGGAACUCGUAUCUGGAGGCCGGGGGAAGUGAGUGGGGCCUACCCGGCUGCGCGCAUACCUCCUCGGCCUUCUGCUCUUGCUUCGUGAGGAAGGCCGUCGCGACCGCCGCCUUACUCUCCCCGCCAUGCUGCCGCCACAGCAGCUCCCCGUCGCUCCUGGCCGCCCGGCGGGUGGUAGCACGGUACUCGGCCAGAGACCCCUCGGUCGUCGCCAGCCCAGCUUCCCACUGCGCCACGCCAGCCACGUCCCGCUUCUCCUCGGACACCCGGGCCGUCUGCUCCAUCGGCGGUAGCCGGCGGCAGUAGGAGUCGCUGCGAUACAGCGACCGACGCCUGCCUGCCAUGAGCCCUACCGCUGCGUCUCCAUGGCAGCUCGCCUCGCCCGUUACGGCGGAGGUCUCGCCCCACGGCUGCAAGUACGGCGGCCCCGUCGCUUCCCUCGGGCCUCUGCCGCGACCGAAGAGAGGAGCGCGGCACCCCGUUCCCGUGGCAACCGGAUGGCGCCUUCCCCUGACGCGCAACCUCCGCGACGGGGGUGUCACGUGGGGCGCUGACGUGACACGUCGGACCGGCGAGAUGCGGCUCCGCCAGCGCCCCGAGCCACCGGUGAGCGCUCGGGGCGGGGGGAGGUGUGUGACGGCGUCGUGCUGCCAUGGAAACCGCGGCCCCGCCAUCCUGCCCGCGGCCCCAGGGACCUACUACAGCUCUGUAAUUGCUGAUCCAUGUUUGGCUGCCUCAAGAAGUUCUGGCAAGAUGGCAUCUUCUAGACUUCCCAUCCUUCUAGCAUUGGCAUUUUCCUCUUUGUCCUUAGUUCUUUCCCAUUCAGUCAGGGACAUGUGGUUUCAGGAUUUCCUUCCACCUAACACGUGCCCUAUAUAUGCCAAAGACAACACUUUUUAUGGCAUAAUGUUUGAUGCAGGAAGCACUGGGACCCGGAUUCACAUUUACACCUUUGUGCAGAAGAACCCAGAAAGCCUUCCAGAACUAGAAGGGGAAAUCUUUGAGUCUGUGAAGCCAGGCCUUUCUGCAUAUGCUGAUCAACCUGAAAAGGGUGCUGAAUCUGUGAAAAGAUUGCUGGACAUGGCCAUAGAUGCUGUGCCAACUCGCCUCUGGAAGAAGACCCCUGUAGUAUUAAAAGCCACAGCUGGACUGCGUUUGCUGUCAGAGGAGAAAGCUCAGGCUCUGCUUUUGGAGGUGAAAGAAGUCUUUGAGGAAUCACCAUUUCUUGUUCCAGAAGACAGUGUUAGCAUCAUGGAUGGGUCUCACGAAGGAAUCCUAGCCUGGAUCACUGUGAACUUUUUGACAGGGCAGCUGUCUGGCCAGAAUCAGCAUACUGUUGGGACUCUGGACCUGGGAGGAGCCUCCACCCAAAUCACAUUCCUGCCACGAUUUGAGGAAACAUUGAAGGAAACACCCAGAGAUUUUCUUACCUCAUUUGAGAUGUUUAAUAGCACCUACAAGCUCUAUACACACAGCUACUUGGGGUUUGGGCUAAAAGCUGCCAGACUAGCAACACUCGGAGCUUUGAAUGUGGAAGCUGUGGAUGGACAAAUGUUCCGCAGUUCUUGUUUGCCAAAGCAGCUGGAGGCAGAGUGGCACUUUGGGGGAGUGAAGUACCGCUAUGGUGGCAACAAAGAAGGAGAAACAGGAUUCAAGCCUUGCUACUCAGAAGUACUCAAGGUUGUGAAAGGGAAACUGCACCAACCAGAUGAGAUUCGUGGAAGUUCCUUCUAUGCCUUCUCCUACUACUAUGAUCGAGCAGCUGAUACCAACCUCAUUGAUUAUGAAGAAGGGGGUGUUUUGGAAGUGAGAGAUUUUGAAAGAAAAGCCAAAGAAGUCUGUGAUAACAUGGAGAGGUAUAACUCAGCCAGUCCUUUCCUCUGCAUGGAUCUCGCUUACAUCACUGCUUUACUAAAGGAAGGUUUUGGAUUUAGGGACAACACAGUCUUACAGCUAACAAAGAAAGUGAACAACAUAGAGACCAGCUGGACUUUGGGUGCUACUUUUCACCUACUGCAGUCUCUAGGGAUAACCUAUUGAGCUGUGACAUUCCUGUGGACUUCAGCACCUCUGAAAGGCUGAGAAAGCAAAUCGAAAUCUUCAGGUACGCUGUUCGUCUGGAGUUGGUCGCAGGGCGGAACAUGGGCCAAAGCUGUAGAACAGACCUUCACCCCAGAUCAUGCAUAAUGAGAGCUGCUGCAGCAUAAUUUAUGAUUGUGAUUGCCAUAAAUGAUCCAGAAGCUGCCUUCAGAAAGUCAGAAGGCCUAAAAUCCAACAGAGAAGUAGUAAGGAGCUCAAAGCCAGCUUUCACCAGCACAUUUCUAUAGGAUCUAGUGGGAGGUGUCCUUGGGCAAAGGCUUGGAACUAGAUAAUCCUUGAAGUCCCUUCCAACCUAAACCAUUCUGUUUCUAUGAUCCCAUUGCUAGAAGCUCAGAGUCCCUGGCAUGUGGUAGCAGCCUACAGACACCUAACUUCCCUUCCCCUUGUGUUGUGUUGGUUUUUUUUCCAAACAUACAUAACUUAAGUUUGCUUGUGAGAUGUUAAAUACAGAAACUAAAGGUAACAUCAGCAGUCAUUGAGAGCAGAGUGAGCAACUUUUGAUGCUCCAGCAUCAGUGUUCCAAGUACCUGGCUCUUAGCUUAGCUAAUACAUUGCAAGUCAAUUCCAGUCUUUCAAGGGGCCUACUGUAAGGACACUUUGGGCAUGGUUUUGGGAAAUGUGUUGACCAAAACAGAGGCUGUAAUUUAGCAAGCAUUUCUUCAGGCAGCAGUCAUUUCCUAAGCAGGAGAUGCCUGUUAGUUUCUUUUUGCUGCCUGUUACAAGUCUGUGCAGAUAUAAAGUCUAUCUGGCUGCCUGACCUGACUAGUGGAUUCAUUUAGCAUGUAGUUAUAGCACAUAGCUGUGCUGGCACAACUAGGCAGCAAGGACAGCUAUUUGAACUCCACUGCCAGGAGAAAUGCUUGUUGCAUUACACCCGUAAGGACAUUAAGGGUGCAGUCAGAUGAAACAGCUGAUUCAAUGGCUCACUUUGCUGUGGGAGGCAGUUGUGUUUCUCUGCCCUCAGCAAAGCCACCCCCGUACCCUUCUUUCCUCUGAUGCUGGUGCUCCUUAAGUUCUUUUGUGAACUAAUUCACAACACCAAACUUGAAUUAAAUCAGCUCACCCAAGACUCAAGUGUUAGUGCUAGCACAAGACAGACAGGCAUUGCACAGCCUGGGAGACCUGGGCCAGUGAGCUGUUAAGAUCACCACAGACUGUUUUGUUGGAGCAAGCUCUAAGAUGUGGUUUCCCAUCUGGGCUUAUUGCUUCCUGCCCUCUUCCUUAGGGGCCCCCUCUGAAUGCAGAGCUGUCAUGAAAAAAAUUCUUUUCAGUCAUUUAACAGAUGAAAAUGGAGAGACAGCAGAAUUGGCAUCAGAGAGGGAGAUGAGAAGAAGUAGCUUUGCUUUAUUGUCCCAUUUACCUAUCUCAUUCAUUUUAAAGUGUUUUGAACUUCAUUUAUCUUUAAUAUAGUAGAGUUGGACUCAAAAAUAGUGUAUGUGGCCCUACAUUGCUCUGGAAUGACUUUUAACAUAUACAGCAGGCAUUUACAAACAGUGCAUCUAAUGAAAGGGAUGCAGCCCAAGACUUCUGUCAGAUAGCAAGAUGCUAUUUGAGCAACAAUUUAAAGUGGCUCUUGCCAUCUCUUCCACACCAGAUAGAAGCAGUUAAAGAUCAAUAUUUGAAAUAGUGUCUUAUCCAACAGGCUUUAAAGCUGGGCUGUAGGAUCCUGGGUUUGUUUAAUUGGCUGCAGGGAACAUCAAGAUUGCUUGAAUAUCUUUAGGCUCCAAGUGCAAACCUUGCCUUGUCCUACAUAGGAACAGCUGCAGAGACAGCUUCUUUCACCCCUUGAAAUAGUUGGCAGCUAGCUCUACUUACCACAAAAUGUGUAAGGUAAAGAUGAAGUUACUCAUCAUAAGAACAGAGAGGUAUUACUUGUGUGACUAAGCAAAGCUUUUAUCCACUGACCUCUUGCGAUUAACACUUCACUGUCAGGCAUUUGCAGUAACCUAUUUCGUAUCACCCAUCUUUCCUACUUUUGUAAAACCAAAGACUGCCCUCACACUACCUUCUCCACAAAUUGCAUUUGAAAGUAAUCAGCAGUUCCCAGGAAAGAGAGGUGGACAGCAGCACGCUCAAGCCCUCACUGAUCUUGCCAAGCAGUUUGGAGACUUAGAAGUUUGCCCUGCUGUGUAUGUUAGUCCACUUCCUCUGGUCAGCAGCACAAGUUUGACUGUGACUGAAUAAGGUACCCCCCUUCUCCUGUCUCAGCUUUUAUGGCACUAGGGUGCAAGGUGUGCCUUUGACUGGGUAAGUUCAGUCAGCAACAGGAGUCUCAGGGCUGGGGAUGUAGCUACCCAGACUUGCCCCAUCACUCACACCUUGCUCUAAAGUCAAGCUCUUUUGUUGACAUCUGAAAUGAAUCCUGUGUUCCUCCUUGUCAGAAUCUGUUUAGAGAUCCAUGUUGGGAAAUUUCUCCAAACUUCUGUUCCUUCCUCACUAAGAGCUUCUCUUUGAAUGCAGAAGGAAGUUGUGGCCUUUUCUCAACCACAACAAACGUUUGGUAUUCCUUUCCUCACGUUUGGCAAAACUUGGUACAUGGUCUGCACAAGGUGACUGCCCAUGCAUUCAUUUUGUCUUCAGUGAACAAAUGUGUUUACAGUUGCGUUCUCAGAGGACACAAAGUGGGAUGCAGCCAGGCUGUUACUCCUCAGAACUAGCCAGUUGAAUAAUCCAAAGCUCAUCCAGUGCUGUGACAAACUCUUAAUAGAUCUUGGGGCUAAAAGCCAUAAGCACUGAGGCUGCCAUUGGAAAGGAAGCUGGAGAGUUUUUUAUAGGCAACAAGCACCAUCAGUGUACCUGCCCGAUGAAGAGAUGCUGGACCUGAGGAGCACUUAGCAGUUUGGGAGGAGGUCUAGAACACAGCAGGUAGCACACAGAGGAAGUUUCUUUUGCCUUAAGACUCUGGUACUAUAAAUGCUAGGUGGGGGUAUCUGCUUCCCAGUACCAAAGUUGCAUGAAAUCUGAAUGCUCAGGGUAUUAUCUGGAUUGCCAGUGGAACAUUUCAUUAACUGAAGCAAAACUGCUGCUCUCUAUCAGAGGCCUAAUUUUGCAGUCACAAGGAAAGAAACAAAAACCCUGCUCAAAGCUAUUUUGUGCAAGAAAUUGCAGAACUGAGCCCCUGCUGUUUACAUCUGAAUUACUCAAGGUGGGUGGGGGCAUCUAGAGAAGCCAGUUAAGUCCUCACCCUAGUGCAAUGAGAUUAUUUAUUAGCUUAACUAAAGACUAAGCAGCCUUUUUAGAGAAGAGUUCUACUUGCAGCCCUGGCUUUGAGCUCCUUCAUAAUGUCAUUUAGCUGGUCACUAACAGGAACUGUGUACUACAAGUGACUGAAGAAGCACAAGUAAUGGUGUUCAGUUCAGAACUUAGGUUUCCUUUUUUUUCUGAUGUCAAUUCCUGAUCCUUGUCAAGCAUAUGUGUAAAUCUGUCCCAUGGGCAGUACUCUCUUGAUUUUCUGACUGUCACAUGUCUAAUGCAGGAGGCUGGGGUUUGGAACCUAAGACAGAGUAUCCUGAAUGUCUAUUUUAGUAAUUAAAGCAUUUUUAACAAUA